AUGGGGAGGGCUCCGUGCUGCGAGAAGAUGGGCCUCAAGAGGGGCCCCUGGACGCCGGAGGAGGACAAGAUCCUGGUCGCCCACAUCCACAGCCACGGCCACGGCAACUGGCGCGCGCUGCCCAAGCAAGCCGGCCUGCUGCGGUGCGGCAAGAGCUGCCGGCUCCGGUGGAUCAACUACCUGCGGCCGGACAUCAAGCGCGGCAACUUCACCGACGAGGAGGAGCAGUCAAUCAUCCAGCUGCACCAGCUGCUCGGCAACAGAUGGUCCGCGAUUGCCGCCCGGCUGCCGGGGAGGACGGACAACGAGAUCAAGAACGUGUGGCACACCCACCUCAAGAAGCGGCUCGACCUCAGCGCGCAGGAGCAGCACGAGGAGGCCAAGAAGCGCAAGAAGCCGGCAGCGGCGGCGCGGAAGCGCGACGGCAAGGUCAAGAUGAGGAAGCUCGACGCGCUGACCGCCAAGGCGGCGCCCGUGCUGUCCUCGCCCGAGCGCUCCGUCUCGUCCACGGUCACCGAGUCGACGUCCACGGCCUCGGCGGCGGCGGAGCAGCACGGCAACUCGGGCAGCUCCGCGUCCGCCUCCGCGUCCGUCAAGGAGGAGUGCUUCACCUCGUCCGAGGAGUCGGAGGAGUUCCAGAUCGACGAGAGCUUCUGGUCGGAGACGCUGUCCAUGCCGCUGGACGACAUCAACGACGUCUGCAUGGAGCCCCACGACGCGUUCGGCAAGCCCACGGGCGCCGCCGACGGCGACAUGGACUACUGGCUCAAAGUGUUCAUGGAGGGCGGCGACGACGACAACAACAACAACGGCGCGCUAGACUUACCGCAGAUUUAG